AUGGCAUCCCACCGUGCCGAUGCCAGCACCUUACUCGACAACCGCGGUUACAAAGGCCCUCUAAUCCGCGGCGUCAACCCGGCCACGCUCUUCGAAAAAGCCGUCCGCGACCGCAUCACAGACUCCUACUACUGGAAAGAGCAAUGCUUCGGUUUAAACGCAGCGACACUAUGCGAUCGUGCCGUCGAAUUGACCGCCCUCGGAGGCACGCACGGUGUGGCUGAGAAACCCACCCCGUUCCUGUGUCUCGCGUUCAAGCUCCUCCAACUCAACCCAGACCACGACAUCGUGCUCGAGUACCUGAACUUCACGGACCCUUUUGGCGAAGAUGACGAAGGAGAAGGAGAAGGAGGAGAAGGGGAGGGGGCGCAUACUGGCCUCAGCCCGGAGGAACAGGCGCAGCGCAGCGUGAUGAAGCAGAAGGGCGACUUCAAGUAUCUGCGCGCGCUGGCGGCCUUCUAUAUCCGGUUGACGUUUGACGCGGUCGACGUGUACAAGGCGCUGGAGCCGCUGCUUCUCGACUACCGGAAGCUGAAGCGAAGGAUGGGUGACACUGUGGUCUUGACGUACAUGGAUCAGUUCGUCGACGACCUGUUGACUAAGGAUCGUGUGUGCGGUACCAGUCUGUGGAAGCUGCCGUCGCGGCAGCAACUGGAGGACUUGGAUCUGUUGGAGGAGCGUGAGAGUCCGUUGGCGGCAGAGCUGGAGGAAAUGGACCGGGAGAGCGAGGACGGGGAGGCGAGUGAGACGAAGUCGGCGAGGAGCGCGGGCGAUGAUUGA